UAUUAUUUGUACAUUAGUAUGAAUAUUUUUAAGCGAGGUACACGUGUAUUACCUAAGUAUAAACCAACAUCAUUUGAACUUAAAAAGUACAAAUGUAGUUUAAGUUUAUGGGAUCAAGAACUAAGUACUGACAUAAAACUGAAGAUUGAAAAUCAUUGGUCUGAGAGGGUUUUACAUAAUAAUAGCAAUGACAACAAGAAGCAAUCGUUUUAUGUUCUUCCAAUGUUUCCAUACCCAUCAGGUAAUUUACACAUGGGUCAUGUUAGAGUAUAUUCAAUUUCGGAUGCAAUAGCGAGGUUUCAGAACCUUAAUGGAAAACAUACCAUUCAUCCGAUUGGAUGGGAUGCCUUCGGUUUACCAGCUGAGAAUGCUGCUAUUGAACAUAAUAUUCCACCACAUAUUUGGACAAAAUCAAAUAUAAAAACAAUGAAAGACCAAUUAAUGCAGUUGGGAUUCAACUUUAACUGGGAUAAAGAAAUUAGCACUUGUGAUCCUCAAUAUUAUAAAUGGACACAAUACAUAUUUUUAAAGUUAUUUGAAAAUGGUUUAGCAUAUAGAGAUAAGGGAAAGGUAAACUGGGAUCCAAUCGAUAAGACAGUUCUGGCUGAUGAACAAGUUGAUGAAAAUGGUUGCUCAUGGAGAUCUGGAGCAAAAGUAGAGAAAAAGACCCUAACACAGUGGUAUAUUAAAACAACAAAAUAUGCAAAAAAGUUAUAUGAUGGGUUAAAUAGUGAGAAUUUAGAAAAUUGGAAAGAUAUAAUUAAUUUGCAAAAACAUUGGAUAGGUGAAUGCAAUGGUAUUGUAAUAGAUUUUAAAAUAAACCUUGGAGAUAAAGAGAAAACCCUUAAAAUUUGGUCAUCAGACCCAUAUAAAUUUAUAUAUGGUGAAUUUUUAGCUAUAAGUUCAAAUAAUGUGUUAUUACAAGAAUUUACUUCAUCUGAAAUAAAUGAUCUGGUUUGUUAUAACCCAAUAACUGAUAAAAAAAUCAAUAUCUAUGUUACUGAUAGUGUAAAUUACCCUGAAGGUAGAGACAUAUAUAUUGCCUGUCCAUCUGUAGACCCAGAAGACUAUAAGCUUUCAAAGUCAUUGAAUAUUUCAUGUAUGAAAGAAGUAGACUCCAUAGAUAUUAAUACUGAAAAUGAAAAAGCGAUUGCAAUAGCUCAAAAUAAAAAUUGUGGUGGAUAUUUUGUAAGUUCAACACUAAAGGAUUGGUUAAUAUCUAGACAAAGGUUUUGGGGUACACCAAUACCUAUUAUUCACUGUCCUCAGUGUGGCAUAGUACCAGUGCCAUAUGAAGACUUACCAGUGUUGUUACCUAUAAAUGAUUCUAGUGAUUUUAAAAGAACAACCUUGUCAAAGAGGAAAUCAUGGUUAAAUUGUAAAUGUCCCAAGUGUUCAGGUGAUGCCCAAAGAGAGUCAGAUACUAUGGAUACUUUUGUUGAUUCAUCUUGGUACUAUUACCGUUUUCUAGACCAUGAUAAUGAUAAAUUACCAUUUGACAAAGAAAAAUUGAUUGGAAAUACUCCAGUACACUGUUAUAUUGGAGGUAAAGAACAUGCAGUGCUACAUUUAUAUUAUGCUCGUUUUAUGAGCUACUUUUUACAUUCGCAAGGAAUGACUACAAUGCCAGAGCCAUUUAAAAAAUUACUAGUGCAAGGUUUGAUUAUGGGACAGUCUUAUAAGGUUAAAUCUUCUGGAAAAUAUUUACCUCCAGAAAAUGUUGAAAAAGUCGGUGAAGAAUACAAAGAAAAAGGUACAGGUGAACCAAUUUUAGUGCAGUGGGAAAAAAUGAGUAAAUCCAAAUAUAAUGGAGAGAAUCCCCAAAGAUUGUUGACAAUGUAUGGAUGUGAUACAACACGACUUUUGAUACUUGCUGAUGUUCCACCAGCUACGAGUAGGAAAUGGUCAGAUGCUACUUUGCCGGGAGCUUUAAAUUGGCAGCGUAGAUUAUGGAUGACAAUGAGAGAUUUUCUGAAGCACAGGAAAAAUACAGAUACAACUGGAGGUAAUGGAGUUCUUAGUAAAGAAUUUGAAGAAUUGGAGUCAAAAUUGUGGAAUUCAAGAAAUUAUAUUAUUGCAACAGCAACAUAUCAUUUUAAGUACACCCAACAACUCAGUGUUGCAAUUUCACGUUUACAGAGUCUGACAAAUGUACUACGGAAUAACAUUCCACCUGAAGUCAUAGCAAAUAGUAAGGAAUAUGAGCUAGCAUUAGCUUCUCUGAUUAUUAUGCUGUCUCCUAUAACUCCUCAUUUCUGUUCGGAGCUUUGGGCAGGAUUAGUAUCAGCUCCUGGUCGAGCAUUGUGUGCCUCUCCUUUUAUUAGUUGGGAUGACAAUGUUUUAAAGCAAAAAUGGCCGAUAGUAGAUCAAAACUAUCCAUUAUCAUUUCAGUGCAAAGUUGAUGGAGCUGACAGAUGUGAACUGAAAAUUGAGGCCUCAGAGUUAAAUGAUAUUACUGCUAAAAUGGCUUUGGAAAUUAUGCUAAAAGAAAAAGCUGUUGUAAAUAGAGUGAAAAGAGGCAUAUUAAAAACAAAAUAUGAAUUAUAUCCAAAUUGCCGUGCUAUAUUACACAUUUAUACAAAUAGAGACCUCACAGGUAAACAAAAAAAAGAAGAAAAAAUAUGUAGAUCUCAAGCUUAAUUAUGUUUCUAGUCAUAUGUAGAAUAUAAUUUAUAAAUAUAAACAAAAUUAUUAAAAAUAGACAAACAAA